AUGUCGCUCAGCCGCAUCCUGCCUGCGGGUAAAAGCGCUCGCUUCGUUGUUAUUCCAUUGCGGUGCACGCACAGUACUGCUCAGGCUGGAGCGGCUCAUCAUGUUGAAGUUCAGACAGAAGAUCUCGACAAGCCAUCUUUCUUUGAGAAGAUUUCCAUGCGUUUCCAAGGAAUCCCGUUGAAAGGUGAACUCAAACCACCAAAAUCAAUCUUUUCGGAUUGCAAUAAGGAAUGGUUUGCACCGAAGCCACUUCCCGAGGUUCCAAAGGAUUACAAAGAGCACCCCGAUAGAGACUUGGUGAACUAUCCCUAUCCUGCGCGGCCAAUGUACCCACCAAAGACUCGCCUUCUGAUGAUGCCGGACUCGUGGUUUACACCAUUCCAGAAGGUCACUGGUGUUUCAGGUUUGAAUAUUCAUUGGUUUUUUUUACUCAUUACUUUAUUUGACAGAAGAGAUUGCCUA